CUUUGGGAGGCAGACCAGGCAGCCAGUAACAACAUCGAACGACGUCGUCUGAUGAAUUUCUAUACCGCCAUUAAUGGCGUCUUAAAGGUAGGUAGGUAACUGAUGACUCGUGAGGGUUUUACACUGAAGUUGAUGAUGGACUUCACUUUGAUGUCGCGUCCUUUCUGAUGUUGAUGUACAGAUAAUUUUGGAUCUGAAAGAAAGACAGCUCAUGCAUUUUGGUUUUGGUAGAUAGAUGAAUGCUGUUUGUUUGACUCUGCCUGCCUGCCUGCCAUUUGAUUUCACUCUUUUUCGGAGAUGCUGUCCUUUUUUUCCCUGAAAGCAUGUGCAAAACAGUUCUCUAAAGGGAAAUUUACUGAACAAAAUGGUGAACUUCCCUGACCUCAUUUGAAGGCCACUAUCCCCUUAUGGGAAUCUAACAUCGAAAUCACAGGAAGAACUGUUUCUUACAAUCUUUUUCUUCACCACUCAGAACCCAAUAGUUAGUGGACUUGGAGUAGUAGACAUAUUCAUGAUUCCUAGCCUUUGAAUCUUCUUUCAUAUAAAGAUUUGUAGAAAGAAAGAAAGAAAGAAAGAACACACCUAGAUAGAUAUGGUGGAGAAGGCUGUUGUCGCCGUUAAGGCUUCCAAGGAGAUUCCUAAAACUGCCCUUAUUUGGGCUCUGACUCAUGUUGUCCAGCCAGGAGACUGCAUUACACUCCUUGUCGUCGUGCCUAGUCAAAAUUCGGGUAAGAGGCUAUGGGGCUUUCCUAGAUUACCUGGAGAUUGUGCCAAUGGCAACAAAAGGUCUCAUACUGGGACGGCCUCUGAUCAGAAAGACGAUCUUACAGAUACCUGUUCCCAAAUGAUCCUUCAGCUUCAUGAUGUUUACAAUCCUAACAAGAUAAAUGUGAAGAUAAAGAUUGUUUCUGGAUCACCUUGUGGAGUUGUUGCAGCUGAAGCCAAGAAAGAACAAGCUAAUUGGGUCAUAUUAGACAAACAUUUAAAGCAGGAGGAGAAGCGUUGCGUUGAAGAGCUGCAGUGCAAUAUCGCCACUAUGAAGAAGCAUUCUCAGCCGAAAGUUUUGAGACUGAAUUUGGUUGGCACGCGAUCAAACGAAUCUAAAGCAGCCUGUAUGUCACUAUCAUCUAAUCUAGAUGAUAAUAAUAAGCAGCAACAGCAGCUGCAACAGCCCAAGAAGGAAAAGGAAAAGGAAAAUGAUCAGGAUAUGGAUUCCAUUCGAUGCCCUGCUGUUACUCCAGUUAGUAGUCCAGAGUUAUUUACAGCCACUGAGGCCGGGACAUCCUCAGUUUCAAGCUCAGAUCCAGGGACUUCACCUUUCUCUGUACUCGAAAUAAGCAGUGGUGGUCACUUAAAGAUAGAGGAGGAGGAGGUAGAAGCUUCAAGAACUAGUAAACACAUUCAAGACUUUGAAGAAGAUGAUUCAGAGACAGAGACUGAGACUGAGAGCGAAAACUUAAGUCAAAGGUAUCAUCAUCAGCCAUGGAUGGCAAGUAUUCUGGCUUCUGCCCAUCACGAGUCCUUUCAUAACGUGACGACUAAAACCCUAUUGGAGAAGUUCUCGAAACUAGAACAUGAUGCUGAUUCUAGGCCAGCUUCUUUUCGAACUGAUACAAAUAUGAGCAGCAAUGGAAACAUGAGAAACACAACCUACCUCUCUAUAAAUACUCCACUUGAGCCUCCUCCACUGUGUUCCGUAUGCCAGCACAAGGCACCCUUAUUUGGAAAGCCUCCAAGAUGGUUUACGUAUGCGGAGCUCGAGUUGGCUACAGGAGGAUUUUCUCGAGAUAAUUUCCUGGCAGAAGGAGGAUAUGGUAAUGUGCAUAGGGGUAUAUUACCAAGUGGUCAGGUGGUUGCUGUUAAGCAGCAUAAAUUGGCUAGUUCUCAAGGUGAUCAAGAAUUUUGCGCAGAAGUUGAAGUGCUCAGUUGCGCUCAACAUAGAAAUGUCGUCAUGUUAAUUGGGUUUUGCAUCGAGGAAGGAAGACGGUUGUUGGUUUACGAGUACAUAUGCAAUGGAUCAUUGGAUUCUCAUUUAUAUGGUCGUCAACGAGAACCAUUUGGGUGGUCUGCACGUCAAAAAAUUGCAGUUGGAGCAGCCCGUGGAUUGCGGUAUCUUCACGAGGAAUGCAGAGUCGGGUGCAUUGUCCAUCGAGAUAUGAGGCCAAACAACAUCCUUAUUACUCAUGAUUUCGAACCACUGGUUGGGGAUUUUGGCUUGGCAAGAUGGCAACCCGACGGUGAUACAGCAGUGGAGACCAGAGUUAUAGGAACAUUUGGUUAUUUGGCUCCAGAAUAUACACAAAGUGGACAGAUUACAGAGAAAGCGGACGUAUAUUCUUUUGGAGUGGUUUUAGUGGAGCUAGUCACAGGAAGGAAAGCUGUGGAUAUUAACAGGCCAAGGGGUCAGCAAUGCCUCACUGAAUGGGCCCGGCCAUUGUUGGAAGAAUACGCUAUUGAUGAACUAGUGGACCCGUGUCUGGUCAAUAACUACGACGAACAAGAGGUGUAUUACAUGUUACAUGCUGCAUCUUUAUGCAUAAGACGUGAUCCACAAUCCAGGCCUCGAAUGUCACAGGUGCUACGUAUACUGGAGGGGGAUGGAAUUAUGGAUUCGGGUCGUAUGGAUGUAGGAAGUCUAAGUGGAAGAGUUAGACUAGACGACGAUGCAGCAGCGACGAUGGAAGGGGGUUUCAGUGGGAAGCUGCAAAAGCCAUGGCAAAUGGAAAUUGGCAGGAGGAUCGUAUCAUACAGGGAUGAUAACGACGAGGAGGAGGACUACAAGUGAAGCUUCUUUUUCCCUCCACUUAUAUGGAAACAAGGUUCUUGUACAGAGUAACAACAACAACAAGUCUGUAUCUGUAUUUGAACACAUUUUGAUACUUAACAAAAUGCAUUAUUCCAUACAAGGAAAGGUUAUUAGUAA